AUGCAGCCGCAGGCAUCGAUCAUGGGAAGCGCGAGACAUCAGGUAUUCGAGCCCUCGGGCUCUUCCGCCUCAGCAGCUGUCAAAAAGUAUGGUGAUAACAGGCAGUGGAGUGCAGCACUAGAGUUGUUUCGCGAUGAGCUGCGGUCCAGUGUGCAAGUCGGCACCACUUUGUACAACGUUGCAAUCAGCGCUUGCGGAAAAGGCAGGCAGUGGCAACAGGCAUUGUCGUUGUUUCGCGAAUUGCAGGGCUCUGGACUUGAGCUGGAUGUCAUCACCUUUGGUGCUGGAAUCAGCGCCUGCGAGAAAGGUGGGCAGUGGAAGGGGGCGGUAUCGUUGUUGAGAGUGCUAUCGGCCUCGAUGCUGCAGCAGAGCGUGGUCUGCUACAGUGCUGGGAUCAGCGCGUGUGAAAAAGGUGGGCAGUGGCAGCAGGCGCUGGCGCUUCUCGGUGAGAUGCCAGGCUUGAAGCUUGAGCCGAACACCAUCAGCUACAACGCUGGCAUCAGUGCCUGCGAGAAAGGGCGGCAGUGGCAGCAGGCGCUGUCUCUGUUCGGAGAGCUGCGGGGCGCGACGCUGCAGCCGAGCAUCACCACUACAGCGCUGCCGUCAGCGCGUGCGAGAAGGCUGGGGAAUGGCAGCAUGCGUUGUCGCUGUUGA